CGCUGCAUGGCGCAUGUCGGGCUAAAAUGAAGUCUAUUCCAAACCGAGACAUUCAGUCUGGAUCAAUGUUCAAGUUCAUGGGAUUAUAAAAACUCCAACGUGUUUAAGGGAGGUGGAGGCAACGUACCACCCCCUUCCUCCGUCCUUGACUGAAAUUACCAACUGAGUUUGCACAGGGGAGACGCUUGAAGCACUCCCUGCAGCACUUGAAAUGGAGGCUUCCGAUGGCUACCGUGCUCGUAACGGCCAAUGCUCUCCUGGUGAGGAAAACUCGAGGAUGUUGGCGGAUACGUUAACACCGAAUGGACAGACAGUUCCUCAAGGUCCUAAUUCCCCCAGUGAACUGACAAUUAAACAAGAGGAAAAAACAGCGGAGGAGGCUAACAGCAGAAGCCCAGCCCUUGAAGAAAUAGGCCAAAUAGGGGAGGAAGGAGUAGCAUUGGAGGAAUUCAUGACUGGUAGCCCAAGCAAUGUACAGGAUGGAUUAUCUGAGCCAGACCAGACAGCUGAAACAGGAAGUCGACAACCCGCCGGUGACAGGCCGUUCCAGUGCAAUCAGUGUGGCGUCUCAUUCACCCAGAAGGGAAACCUGCUGCGACACAUCAAGCUGCACACAGGCGAAAAACCCUUCAAAUGUCCCUUCUGCAGCUACGCCUGCCGGCGACGCGAUGCCCUCAGCGGGCAUUUGCGUACUCAUGCUGUUGGCAAACCACACAAGUGUAACUACUGUGGGCGAAGCUACAAACAACGCACUUCUCUGGAGGAACAUAAAGAGCGCUGCCAUAAUUACCUACAGGGUAUCAGCUUGGACCCGAACCCCAACACUGGCCCUUACACAGGUGAGGUACCGACAGAGCAGAGGCCCAUGGCAGAGCCCAAUACUAUGGCUACCUUUGAUCGGCCGCCCGUUAUUGAAAGGCUGCACAGCAACGUGGGCAAGAGGAAGAGCACCACCCCUCAGAAAUUUGUGGGUGAAAAGUUGGUACGCUACAGCUACCCUGAACUAGGCUAUGAAAUGGGCCUUAAGUAUGAGAAGCAGGCUGAGCUGAUGUCGGCCCACAUGAUGGACCAGGCCAUCAGCAAUGCCAUCACAUACCUGGGAUCUGACACUCUUCGGCCCAUGCUCCACCAUCCAGGUCCCCCUCUCUCUAUGGCUGAAGUGGUUCCCAUGGUCAACCCCCUCUUCCACCAAGUCCUGCCAUUGGGCCAACGCACAGAUCGUCCAGGAAACGGUGACACGCUGCCUCCACAGCCACCUCGGCCCCAUGACUUCCCCAGCCAUCCCACCACAAAUGGCCCCACUGCUUUCACCAGGCAAGGCAAGCUGCGUCAUCCAGGGAAAGAAGAAUCUCCCAACCACAGUGGAGUUGACUCUGUUGACUCAGCUCGCAGCAGCCCUCAUGAGCGGCAGCGCUACCACGGGAGCAACCAAACUCCCGGCCUCAGGUCUCGAGCCAGUCCAGCGGUUGUCUAUUCAGGUGAGCGGUUGACAGAAGCAUCACCCAGAAGUGGGGCAGGAAUGGGGACUGGGAUAAUACGAGUAGCCACAGAGAGGCCUGUGAGCCGGGAAGGGGUGCGGGUGUUUGGACUGGAGGGCCAGGAGUUGCGGGCCUUCCAGUGCGAGCAAUGUCGGGUGCUCUUCCUGGACCAUGUCAUGUACACCAUCCACAUGGGUUGCCACGGAUACAGAGAUCCAUUGGAGUGCAACAUCUGUGGUCACCGCAGCAAAGACCGCUAUGAGUUCUCCUCUCACAUUGUCCGUGGUGAACACACUUUCCAGUAAGAGGAUGGGUAGGAAUUAAGGGAAAGACAAAGAAGGGAAAGGAGCAAUAGCCUGAUUGCUAUCCUUACCCCCAGGACUCAGAGACUGCACAGUUGAAUGGUACUGUAGACAAGUGUAGCACAAUCAUAGCAUAGACCUCUUUUUAAGCUACUUAUUGUGAAUGUGAACAGUUGAACAAUCAUAUGAAGGUA